AUGAGUAGGAUCUAAACAAAAAUGUUAGAAAAAUAAGAAGAAUUUGUUUGCGCUUAUAACCAUAAUGAACCUAUAAUUAUUGUUGCACUUGAUUUAAGUUUGCCAAAAAAUAAGAAAUUCUAUUGUAGUAAGUGCUUACAAUUCAUGUAGCAAAAUCAUUAAUAAAAAAUAUAAGUAUUUUCAAUUAUAGCAUCCUUGAUCGAAGAAACUUAAAAGAAUAAAGCAAAAAGUAUUGAAGAAUCAUUGGAAUUUAAUAGAAAAAAAGUUGAAUAAUUAUAGUUUUGGAUAUCUGACUUGAAAUCAUGUGUGAUUAAAUCUUUAAAUUAAAUAGAUAAUUUUGUAAAUAAAUGGAUUUAAGAUCUAAAUUAAAAGGAACCAUAGUAUAUUGAAUAUAGUUUUCAUGCUGAAUUGGAUGAGUACAUAAAAAAUGAUAGUAAAUUAGAUUUUAAUUAAAAUACUUAUACUUCUUAAAUUAGUAAAAUACAUUAUAAUUGGUAUUCAAAAACUUAACCAUUAAUGGUUAAAUUCAAGGAAUUUAAAGAAUUUGAUAGAUGUUAGUAAAUACUAUUUGAUUUAAUUUAAAAUAACAACGAAAGUGAAGAUAUAAAAAUAAUAGAAUAGCCUUAUAAAUCAUAAGAUUUAUAAUCAUGUACAUAAUCCUCAACAUUGGCAUAAUCAUAAUCAUAAGAAUAAUCAUAAGAAUAAUCCUAAUCAUAGGUAUAAUCAUAAUCAUAAGAAUAAUCAUGUGCAUAAACCUCAACAUAGGCAUAAUCAUAGCAAUAAUAAUAAUAAUAAUAGUAAACAUAGUAAUAAUAAUAAUCAUAAAUACAAAAUACAGUAGAAUAGACUAAAUAGAUUAGAGAAGUAUAACUAACUUUAAUAGAUUAAUCUACAACAUAAUUGAAACCAUCUUAGACAAUGGCAUUUAAUAAUUCAGGAUCUAUAAUGAUAUCUACAGAAUAUUCACUUAUCAAAGUAUGGGCAUUUAACAAGGGAAAAAUUUAAUUGCUGACUUGUCUGCAGGGACAUACUAAUUAUAUCAACUGCUUAAUUUACAGUAAAAGAUAAAAUUCAUUUAUUUCUUCUUCGGAUGAUAAAACAAUAAGAUGCUGGUAAUCAUUUACCUAACAACAUUGGAGUAGUUCACAACCUUAUAACUAGCACACCAAUUAUGUUUAAUGCCUGAUACUCAAUGAGAAUGAAGAUUUGUUAUUUUCUGGAAGUUUUGAUAAUUCAAUUAAAGUUUGGAAUGUUGAUUUUAAUAAUAAUUGCUUGAUUUAUUAAUAUUCAUUGAAUAAGCAUACUCAUUCUGUAAAUGGAUUAAGUUUGAGCCCAUCUGAAUAAGUGUUGGUUUCAUGCGCAAAUGAGAGUAAUUCAAUUAUAAUUUGGGAAAAAAAUGUAAAUAAUAUCUUUGAAUUUAAAUACAUUGUUAAAUAAUCGAUUUAUGAGAAAGGGAAUAAAAUUAUGUUUAUAUCGAAUGAAGAAUUUAUUUGGGCAACUGCUUCCAAAACUUCAGAUUAUUUAUAUGCGUUCUAAUUAAAAGAAGGAGUGUUUGAAGAAAAUCUAGAAAAUACUGUCGAACUGACUCCAAAUAAUAAGGUAGCAGACGAAUUUCGAUUCCCAAUUCUUUAUAACAAAGAGAAGAACUUAAUAAUUUUAAGGGUGAAAUCAAUAGUGUAUAUACUUGAAUAUUUAAAUAAUGGCAAAUACAGAAUAGCUACUUAAUUAGAUUUUCAUACUUUUGACAUCUAUGGUCAAGUAACAAAUAAUUGGCAAUAUUUAGUAUGUUGGGAUUAAAAUACUAAAAGAUAUAGCACUUAUGAAUUAUAAAUAAAAUGAAAAAUCAAUAUUUUUAUAAUAAUAAUUACAUAUUGCAACAUUCAUUAUUUGGAAUAAACUCUUAUU